AUGGAUUUAUUCUCAAUUAAUCAAGACAACUUACCAGUUACCACAUUGUACUGGCUUGAUUCUAAUCCCAAUAAUGCUCAACAAUUUGAACAUGAUUUAAGAACUAUUGUUAACAUCGAUGAAUUAAAAAUAUUUGAGAAUCCAAACGAAUGUCGAGAAUCAGUUAUCUUGUCAACUGACAAAACUCUCGUCUUGAUUGUCUCUGGUUGUUUCGUGGUACAAUUGAUACCAUACAUUCACGACCUAAAACAAGUCUCAGCUAUCUAUGUCUAUUGUUCAAACAUAGAAUUCUAUUUACAAUGGAGUAAAAUUUAUAAAAAAGUCAAAGAUGUUCUGACUCAUCGAGAUGAUUUAAUUCAACGUAUUUACACGGAUAAUAAAUACCGUCAAUUAGUUGGUAAUAUCAAUUUUUUUCAUCAUCAUGAACAAUCCCAUGAAAAUUUAAGAUCGCAAAAUGUCGUAUUUGUCUAUCAACAAUUGUUUAUUGAGAUUCUUCUUAGAUUAAAAAGACAAGAAUCAUGUAAUAACGAUGAAUUAAUUGCAUAUCUUUAUCAGAAGUUUGCUGAUAAUAGUUCAGAGUGCAGGAAAAUUGAAGAAUUUCAACAAGUGUAUCGAGUGAAUGAGAGUAUCCAAUGGUACACCCGGCCUGGAUGUAUUUUUGCUCAUUUGAAUGCAGCAUUGAGAAAAUGGGAUUUACAGAUUGUCGUUCGAUAUCGAUUUUUUAUUAAAAAUUUGUAUCAACAAUUGAAAGAUGAAUACGCACGUCAACGAAAUACAACACUGUCAGACAUCAAACAUGUCUAUCGUGGACAACGUUUUUCGUUUCAUGAAAUACAACAACUACAAAAUGCCAUUGGUCAAUAUAUUUCCUUCAAUUCAUUUCUCUCAACUACAAAAGAUGAGAACGUAGCAAUGAUAUUUGCUGGUGACGAUCCACAACUAGCAGUCUUAUUUCAUAUUGAGAUUCAGACAAAUAUUGAUCGAUCAACCAAACCUUUUGCAUCGAUUUCGCAUUUGAGUCACAUCGGUCUUGGCGACGAAGAAGAGGUACUAUUUAUGUUAGGUACAAUAUUUCGUGUUAAAUCGUUUGGGAAACGUCUCGCCGAAGACAGUCAUUGGAUCUUAGAACUUGAGUUAGCCAAUGAAAAUGAACAUUGUCUCAAAGAAUUUGGUCAUUAUCGUCAAGAAGAAUUACCUCGAGAAACGAGUCUUGCUAAUCUACAAUCGCUACUAUUAGAAAUGAAUGGAUCUUCUAUUUCUACGACUACAAAUAUAGUCGAGCAAGAGCAAUAUGACAAAUCUAGUCUAUGGAUAAAUCUUUUACAUGGAGUAGUAAAAAUUAUACAAACACCUUUUGGUAAUGAUACUCAUUUAUCAAUAAAGCCGCUGACUAGUUUAGCAUUGACUCAUUGCAAUAACGGAGAUUACAAAUUGGCAAUCGAACAAUUGAACAAAUGUCUGUCAAUUCACCAGGCAAAUCCGGCUACUAAUGAUUCCACUUCUCUAUGUGAUACACUCGAUAAUUUCGCUUUGGUUUAUAAAAAAAUGGCAGAUUAUGAGACAGCAUUGAGUUAUUCCAGUCAAUCAUUAUAUAUCCGUGAACGAAAUCCAGUAUCUCAUAAUCUAUCUGUAACUUUAGCUGAAAGUUACAUGACAAUAUCUGAUUUAUACUUGGCAUUGAAAGACUACUAUUCAGCAUUAGAAUUUCGACAAUUGAAAGCACUACCAAUCUAUGUGAAUAUACAAUCAACAAGCAAAAGUCAUCAAUUGAAACUUGCUCUAUUAUAUUGUUCUAUUGGUGUUAUUUACGAAGAAAUGAAGAAUUAUAAUGCUGCUCUAGAUAACUACAAACAGGCAUUUCAAAUAUAUGAAAAUAUCUAUCCAUUCCAUCGAAAUAAUGAUGCUUUUUACCAUCACAAUGCCGAAAUGAAAGAUAUUACACCGCGAUUGAUGAGAAUGAUACAUAUGACGAAGAGAAACGACGAAUUGACUUUAAUCGAUGGAUAUUACGGUGAAUUCAAUGAUGAACGAGAAGAAGCACAACGAAUGUAUUCAACUACUUUAUUUCAUAGUACUUAUUGA